CCUGGCACCCGCCAGCAUGAGGGCCCUCUGCUGCCUGCUGCUGGCCUCCUGCCUGCUCCUCUGCCACCCGGGCCCAGGUAUGGGGGCGAUAGGCCAGGGAUAUCCUGACCGCACCAAAUGCUUCAAGGAAGGUGGCUUCUGCCACUUCUACUACUGCCCGCUGAAAACCGACAUCAUAGGCACCUGCUACAAUGGGACGACCAAGUGCUGCCGGCAUCACCUGCACCCGCGUGACCCGCACCUGGUGUGACCGGCGGCGAGCGCAGCGCGAGCGGA